GCGCUCCUUACUUGCACGCAUUAGUGCUCCGUGGCAGGUUGUCUUCGAUUUUUAUGUUCAUCUUUUUCUUUUUUAUGUGAGUUUUUGGAAUAUAAACUUUGACUUUCCAAAAUGUUUCGACAUUUAUGCCUCUUGCUUGCAGUGCUUUGGCUGCAAGUGAAUGCUUAUCAAGUGAGCAGGGAGGAAAUUCAAAGAGCUGUCAACUCUGCCAUCACCAAAGUGGACUCUGCAUAUGAAUAUUCAAGACAAGAGUGCCUUGAACGCGUCAAACGGAACGCGGCCAGACCUCAGGAUGUGUUGCGCGUGCUCAAGCAGCCUAUGGGAGUCACCCGCGAGAUAGCCCGAUCUUCUGAUUACAUGAACAAUGCACUGGAUAUUAUCAAAAGAUCGGCAGAAAGACGUCAGAGACGUUCGCUCAACGCCACCGAUCUGCUGUCUGAGGAGGAUUUGGAGUUCGUUUCAGAUCUGACCGGCUGCUCACCUCGACAGCGCGACCCCUCUUGUAAAACAACAGCCAACGUCGAUGUCUUUCGUACCAUAACCGGCGUCUGCAACAACAAGCAUAACCCCCGAUGGGGAGCCUCAAACAUUCCAUUUGCACGCAUACUGCCUGCUGAGUACCAGGAUGGACUCACUCUGCCUCGGGGGUUUGAGUCUGAGAAGCUCAACGGCUUCGUUCUUCCUAAUGUCCGAGAGGUGUCCAAUCGUGUUCUGACCACACCAAUCGCUAAUGUGGUGAACGACGAGGAAUUCACUCACCUCUUGACCGCCUUUGGACAGUGGAUGGACCACGACCUGACUUUAACACCUCACUCUCCGGUCAUCCGUUCGUUCAGUAACGGCAUUGACUGUGACGAGAGCUGCGAGCGCACUGAACCUUGCUUCCCCAUCAAGAUUCCCAAGAAUGGCCCACGCUUCGGCUCCCAGGAGUGCAUCGCCUUCUUCCGCUCGAGUACCACGUGUGGGACUGGCCCCACAGGCUCCAUCUUUGGCGCAGCCAACGUGCGGCAACAGUUGAACGCCCUCACAUCAUUUAUUGACGCGAAUCAGGUGUACGGCUCAGAAGAUGCCAAAGCUAAAGAUCUACGCAACCUUGACACGGAUGAAGGCUUGUUGAGGGUCAAUACAGAGCACACUGACGAGGGCCGAGAAGUGCUGCCCUUCACCACUAUGGGAGCCAAUUUGUGUGCAACCCGAGCCCGCAUCACCAACGACCCCGACGCCCAGGAAGUGCUUUGCUUACUAUCAGGUGAUGAACGCACCAAUGAGAACAUUUUUUUGACCUCACUACAUACGCUCUUCAUGCGGGAGCACAACCGGCUGGCUCGAGCCCUGCGAAAACUAAAUCCGAAGUGGAAUGGAGAGAGAAUCUACCAAGAAGCACGCAAAAUCAAUGGAGCAUAUUUACAGAUUAUCACGUUCAGAGACUUCUUGAAGCUCAUCGUCGGUCCAGAAAUAAUAUCCAAGAAGCUGUCCACCUACCCCGGCUAUGAUAAGACCGUGGACCCUACCAUCGCCAAUUCAUUCGGAGCAGCUGCUUUUCGCUUUGGCCACUCUAUGAUUCAACCCUUUGUAUUCCGGCUUGACGCUAGUUACGAGGAACACCCGGUGUUCACCUCUCCAUUGCUGCACACAGCCUUGAACACACCAUGGAGGGUUGUUUUUGAAGGUGGUGUCGACCCUAUAUUGAGGGGGCUCGUGGGUCGGCAGGCUAAGUUGAAUGUCCAGGACGCCAUCAUUACGGAUGAAGUGAGAGACAUGCUGUUUAGAUUCUCCUUUGAGUUUGCACUUGAUCUGGCCUCUCUCAAUAUGCAACGUGGCCGAGACCAUGGCAUCCCAGGAUACAACAAAUGGCGUGAGUUCUGUGGUUUGUCACAACCUCAAAAUGAGACGGAGUUGGCUAAAGUGCUGCAAAAUGACGAAUUGGCCAAGAAGCUGAUAGAGCUGUAUGGCACGCCUGAGAACAUUGAUCUAUGGCUCGGAGGAAUAGUAGAACCUCUUGUGUCCGGAGGAAGAGUUGGUCCCCUGUUUGCCUGCCUGAUUGGAACUACUUUCCGCAAGGUUCGCGAGGGAGACAGAUUUUGGUGGGAGAACGAAGGAGUAUUCACCAAGGCCCAGAGAGCCGCUUUGUUGGCAACGUCAUUAUCCCGCAUCAUCUGUGACAACACUGGUGUGAUGGAAGUUCCAAAAAAUCCCUUCCAGUUCCGGCCACGAGGUUCCGGUUACACCCAAUGUGCUGACAUCCCUGCACUGGACCUCACUGCAUGGCAGGAGGACGAACAUGGAUUUUUCCCUAAACCUGAACCGACUCCUUACCCACCAGGCAUGUCAACUACUACUACCCUUUCCCCACCAGGCAUGUCAACUACUACUACUACUACUACUACUACUACUACUACUACUACCCUUUCCCCACCAGGCAUUUCAACUACUACUACCCUUUCCCCACCAGGCAUGUCAACUACUACUACCCUUUCCCCACCAGGCAUUUCAACUACUACUACUACUACCCCUAACCCACCAGGCGAUUCAAACACGACUAAACCCUCCUCCCCAGUAACCCCCAAACCCUAUGGAAACCCUGGACCUCCUGGACCUCCUGGACCCCCAGGGGCACAGGGACCACCCGGCCCCUCCGGAUUGUCCGGCUCUCAUGUGGCCUUCUCUGUGAGACUAGGCAACAACUACCCCAGUCCUGGUGUGCCAAUACCAUUCCGCGAGACUAUCUACAAUGGCCAGACAAGCUAUGACACCAACAGUGGCAAAUUUACAUGCCCAUAUGCUGGAGUGUACGAAUUCCAAUUCCACUGUACCAUCUAUGACCACGCGGCCAGUGUGGACCUUUUGCGCAAUGGAGAGUUGAUCCUGCAUUCAUUCACUACCAGGCAAGAGGGUUACAUCACAGCCAGUGGAAGCACCUACCUUGCGCUGAAAGUAGGAGAUGAGGUAUGGCUUGUGGCCAACUACGGUGGCAAUGGUCUGACCAGAGACAGCUACUUCUCAGGGCAUCUGAUCUUUACUGAGUAUUAGAGCUGUAGUCAAAACAAAGCACUCUUGUACAGUCCGGCAAAAAUAAACACACACACCUCAAUAAAUACAGUUAGAGAAGAAUUCAUCCACCAUCACAAGUUGUUACAAAAUAGGAAUUAUGUGACCAUGUGGAAUUUUCCAUCAUUUUACAUGCUUUUUAAUGUGUGUUUUAAUUGUAAGAGUGCACAAACGAAGAGCCUCGUAAUCGAUAUAAAUACAAACUACACUACCUGACUCAGGGAAAAAAAUGAUAUGAAGUUAUCACUGCUCCAUAUGAUAUAUUUUUUGUAAUUAAUUCUGCCUUUUUAAAUCUUGUUCUUGUCCCAGCCUUCACACUGUUUAUUUCACCGUCAUUAAGAUAUACUAUUGGAUAUUCUUGAAUAAAAGCAAAAGUUUCCUGA